AUGCUCUCCCAGACGUUGCCACUGCGGCGAACUCUCUUGCCUGGGAAGCGCUUCUUCUCUUCCUCCAUCCACCACCAUGUUCCCCUCACUUCCUUUUCCUCUGUCUGGCUUCGCGACUCUUGCCAAUGUCCGCUCUGCAUCCAUCCAUCCACCAAGCAGAAGCUCCAUCAAUCGUCGGAUGUCUCCCCGGAUAUCAAGCCCGUAGAGGGCAGCGCCGAGUCCACCCCGGACGGCACGUACGUAACCUGGAGCGACGGCCACGAGAGCUUCUUUCCAUCCGGCUUCCUCGAAAGGCACUCUUCGCCCCAAAACCUUCGCAAUUUCCACCGCGACGUUGACUGGGUCGAGUGGGACGUCCCGAUACUGGAGAAAAGCGCGAACCUCUUCCUUCCCUACGACGUCGUGAAGACCUCCACCGGCCUCCACCAAGCCAUCACACAGCUUACGCGCUACGGGCUUCUCUUUGUCAAGGAUGUUCCAAACGAGAAGAAGUCGGACGAGGAGUGUGAGCUGCGGACUCUGGGCGAGAGGUUCGGGGAGCUGCGGAGGACGUUCUACGGCGAGGUGUGGGAUGUGAAGGCGGUCAAGAACAGUCGGAACAUCGCGUACACCAACGUGGACCUGGGGCUACACAUGGAUCUUCUGUACUUCCAGCACCCUCCGCGGUAUCAGAUCUUGCACUGUCUCCGCAACCGCGUUGAAGGCGGCACGUCGAUUUUCGUCGAUGCCGCUCGCGUCGCAUCGGACCUGCGCAAGAGUGACCCGGAGGUGUUCAAGACGCUCUCGACGACCCCCGUCGGGUUCCACUACAUCAACGACGGGCACCAUCUUCACUUCUCCCACCCAACGAUACAGCUCUCGCGCUUCCCAAAUCCGUUAACUGGGGAGCAUGAUGUCGAGUUUAUCAAUUAUUCCCCUCCCUUCCAGGCCCCUCUCGCGGCCAAUACCCCUCCCCAUUUCUACAGCGCGCUGCGCAAGUUCGCGACGAUGCUUGCAGCUCCGCAGGUGCAGUACAAGUAUUUGCUGAAGGAGGGCGAUGCGGUCUUGUUCGACAACCGACGGGUCUUGCACGCACGAACCGAGUUCAAGGAACGGGAGGUGGAGAGCAGCAAGGAGGAGACCAACCGGUGGUUGAAAGGGUGUUAUAUUGAGGCGGACGCUGUGUUGGACAGGGGUAGGGUAUUGGAUGCUCAGCUUAAGCAAUGA